AUGCUACCAAAGAAGGAUUGGACAGGUCCCACUCAGCUAGUUAGCUCUGAUCCAGGUCCCACUCAGCUAGUUAGCUCUGAUCCAGGUCCCAUUCAACUAGCUAACUCUGAUCCAGGUCCCAUUCAACUAGCUAGCUCUGAUCCAGGUCCCAUUCAACUAGCUAGCUCUGAUCCAGGUCCCAUUCAACUAGCUAGCUCUGAUCCAGGUCCCACUCAACUAGCUAGCUCUGAUCCAGGUCCCAUUCAACUAGCUAGCUCUGAUCCAGGUCCCACUCAACUAGCUAGCUCUGAUCCAGGUCCCAACUCAGCUAGUUAGCUCUGAUCCAGGUCCCACUCAACUAGCUAGCUCUGAUCCAGGUCCCACUCAACUAGCUAGCUCUGAUCCAGGUCCCACUCAACUAGCUAGCUCUGAUCCAGGUCCCACUCACUAGUUAGCUCUGAUCCAGGUCCCACUCAACUAUCUAGCUCUGAUCCAGGUCCCACUCAACUAGCUAGCUCUGAUCCAGGUCCCACUCAACUAGCUAGCUCUGAUCCAGGUCCCACUCAACUAGCUAGCUCUGAUCCAGGUCCCACUCAACUAGCUAGCUCUGAUCCAGGUCCCACUCAACUAGUCUAG